AAUCUCUUCGGCCUUGAAACUGCUCAACCAUGUCCUGCAGCAAACCAGGUGUGGCUGCCUCUCAUAAGAUGAUGAGCACAGACUUGGAGAGAGUGAACAAGUACAAGACUUUGAUUGAGAAAGCCGCCUGUGCCAAUCAGAUAGAUCUAGCCAUAAUUAGUGCUAUCAUCUGUCGGGAAUCCCGCGGUGGCAACAUCUUAAAAAAUGGUUGGGGGGACAAUGGAAAUGCUUUUGGUCUCAUGCAGGUUGACAAAAAUUGGCACAUGGUGGUUGGAGAGUGGGACAGUGAAGAGCAUCUUCAGCAGGGGACAGAGAUACUGAUGGGCAUGAUUAAAGGAAUAGCAAACAAGUUCCCAGAGAAGCAGCUCAAAGGUGGGAUUUCAGCUUACAAUGCUGGGACAAAAAAUGUUCAAACCUAUGCCAGAAUGGAUAUUGGUACCACUGGACAUGAUUAUGCUAAUGAUGUGACUGCAAAAGCUCAAUGGCUUAAGAAAAACGGAUAUUAAUUCCUCACCAUUUUUCUUUCCAUCCAGUGUGGUCUGACAACAAUUCUUUUAACAUUGCAGCUUACGAAAUGUCUUUUUAUCCUCAUACAAUAUUGGAAAAUAAAGUCAACUAAAU